AUGGCUGUCCCCAACAUCAAGCUGAACAGCGGCUUCGACAUGCCCCAAGUGGGCUUCGGCUUGUGGAAGGUCGACAACGCCAUCGCCGCCGACACCGUCUACGAGGCCAUCAAGGCCGGCUACCGUCUGUUCGAUGGCGCAUGCGACUACGGCAAUGAAGUCGAGUGCGGCGAGGGCGUCGCCCGCGCCAUCAAGGAGGGCAUUGUGAAGCGCGAGGAGCUCUUCCUCGUCUCCAAGCUCUGGAACACCUUCCACGAUGGCGACCGCGUGGAGCCCAUCGUCAAGAAGCAGCUCGCCGACUGGGGCAUCGACUACUUCGACCUCUACCUCAUCCACUUCCCCGUCGCUCUCGAGUACGUCGACCCCUCGGUCAGAUACCCCCCCGGCUGGCACUACGACGGCAAGUCCGAGGUUCGCCCCUCCAAGGCCUCCAUCCAGGAGACCUGGACCGCCAUGGAGAGCCUCGUCGAGAAGGGCCUCUCCAAGAGCAUCGGCGUCUCCAACUUCCAAGGCCAGCUCCUCUACGACCUCCUCCGCUACGCCAAGAUCCCCCCUGCCACCCUCCAGAUCGAGCACCACCCCUACCUCGUCCAGCCUGACCUCAUCAAGCUGGCCGCUAACGAGGGCAUCGCCGUAACUGCCUACUCCUCCUUCGGCCCCGCCUCCUUCAAGGAGUUCAACAUGGAGCACGCCACCGACUUCAUCCCCCUCUUCGAGGAGCCCACAAUCACCGAGAUCGCCAAGAAGCACGGCAAGGAGCCCUCCCAGGUCCUCCUCCGCUGGGCCACCCAGCGCGGCCUUGCCGUCAUCCCCAAGACCAGCCGCAAGAACGUCCUGGCCCAGAACCUGGCCGUCACCGACUUCGACCUCGAGCAGGCCGACAUCGACAAGAUCAGCGCCCUGGACAGGAAGACCCGCUUCAACCAGCCCGCCAACUACUUCUCCACCGAGAAGCUUUGGAUCUUUGGUUAG